AUGGCGACGGUUAUAGGUUCACAGGCUGCUGUUGAUCCUAGCCUGACGGGAGAGUUGUUGCGGUCAACGACGAGCAAGGUGGAGCCCGAGUCACAAGCAGCAGUGAAUGGAGGUUUUGGCGGGGAUCAAUAUCCACCGGCAAAGAACCCGAUCAUGUCACCUAUGAAGUGGCCAAUUGUGGUGGCGUCUGCAGCCGUCAAGACAAGCGUCGAAGAGGAGUCUCACCAAGAAGCGGAGUGCGGUGGGGAUAAGCCUGGAGGAACCGUCGUCGGUCACAGCUGGGGAGGUUUGGCGAGCGACCAUGACGAUGACAGGUCGGCGGCUGUGCUAGGUCAGGGAUCACGACGAGCCGGAUCGACUAUUGGGCCGUCAAAUGUCGUCUGUGGGCCAGAAUUACAGCCUGUUUAUGUUUUGGAUAGCAUGCAGAUUCAAGUACCCCUUGGGCCGGGAAUGGGUGGAUUAACCGUAGCAUUAUUGUUUGGGGUUGGACCGGCGAAGCAAGAAGGCCAUGAAAUCGCUGCGCGAACUUCUCUUGAAGGAAAGGACGUCGAAAUUCAUGGAAUCUGGGCCGGUGAUUUUGCUGAUUCAAAGCGUGGCAUAUUGAUUGACCGGUGCAAGUUUGGGUUCAAAAUGAAGGAGGUGAGGUCGAUUAAUGAAUAG